AUGGGGAGGGGGAAGAUUGUGAUAAGGAGGAUCGACAAUUCGACGAGCAGGCAAGUGACUUUCUCGAAGCGGAGGAACGGCUUGCUGAAGAAGGCGAAGGAGCUGGCGAUACUUUGCGACGCCGAGGUCGGAGUAGUGAUCUUCUCCAGCACUGGCAAGCUUUAUGAUUUCGCCAGCACGAGUUUGAAUGCUUUUACCAGCAUGAAAUCAGUAAUUGAACGGUACCAUAAAUCAAAAGAGGAACAUCACCAACUUGGGAACCCAACCUCAGAAGUCAAGUUUUGGCAAAGGGAGGCAGCAAUGUUAAGGCAACAAUUGCAAAACUUGCAAGAAAAUCAUCGGCAAAUGAUGGGUGAAGAACUUUCUGGUUUGAAUGUCAAAGAAUUGCAGAAUUUGGAGAACCAAUUGGAAAUGAGUCUACGGGGUGUUCGUAUAAAAAAGGACCAAAUUUUAAUGGACGAAAUAGAAGAAUUAACCAGAAAGGGAAACCAAAUUCACCAGGAAAAUGUUGAACUGUAUAAGAAGGUAAACCUAAUUCAUCAAGAAAACAUGGAAUUAUAUAAGAAGGUUUAUGGACCAAGGGCUGUGAAUGGAGCAAACCGAACUUCCCUUCUCUUAGAUGGUCUUGGCAUUGGAGAGGACUCACAUGCACCUGUCCAUCUCCAGCUUAGCCAGCCACAGCAACAAAACUAUGAGACACCAACAAGAGCCACAAAAUUGGGAUUUAUGCUUUUAUCAGUGAGGUAUGCUUUAAGAGCAAUAGACAAUUCAGCAAAAAGAUACUUGUUUGAAAUGAUCAAUGAAACCAAAAUCAGCAUGAGUGAUGGCAAUGAGCAAUGA